CUGAAAAAAAACGAGUUGAAUUAAUGAAUUUAAAGAAACUUGGUCCUAAAGUAAUUGAAAAACAUCCAAAAGCGAUCUAUACAAGUAGAGCAUUAAGUUCUUUAAUUUCUAGGUCCUUAAAUUUGUCUGCGAAUUCCUUUAAUGGUGCACUAGAUAAUAAAUUUGAGACUUUGAUUCAAGAAUCAAGAAAUGAAGAUUUUAAUGAAUUAUGUAUUAAUUUUUAUUUAUUAACUUCAGAGUAUAUUUCAAAAGAAUAUGAGUUUGAUAUGGAUACUCGGAGCUUACUUACAAUGAAUGCUCAACCUCCAAAUUCAAUAACAACACCAAAUACUUCAAAAAAGCGAAAGAAUAAAGAAAUAGAAGCUCAAACCCAAAAUUAUCGUAAGUAA